AAUUCUUCAAAGAACUACUUGAAAAUGCAGAAAAAUCCCUGAAUGAUAUGUUUGUGAAGACAUAUGGCCACUUAUACAUGCAAAAUUCAGAGCUAUUUAAAGAUCUAUUUGUAGAGUUGAAGCGCUACUACGUGGCGGGAAAUGUGAACCUGGAAGAAAUGUUAAAUGACUUCUGGGCUCGCCUUCUGGAGCGCAUGUUCCGCCUGGUGAACUCCCAGUACCAUUUUACAGACGACUACCUGGAAUGUGUGAGCAAAUAUACAGAGCAGUUGAAGCCCUUUGGAGAUGUCCCUCGGAAACUGAAGCUCCAGGUUACACGUGCGUUCGUUGCCGCCAGGACUUUCGCUCAAGGCUUAGCAGUUGCAAGGGAUGUAGUGAGCAAAGUCUCCGUGGUGAACCCCACAGCCCAGUGCACCCAAGCACUGCUGAGGAUGAUCUAUUGCUCCCACUGCCGGGGCCUGGUCACUGUGAAGCCCUGUUACAACUACUGCUCAAACAUCAUGAGAGGCUGUUUGGCCAACCAAGGAGACCUCGAUUCUGAGUGGAACAAUUUCAUAGAUGCCAUGCUGAUGGUGGCGGAGAGGCUGGAGGGCCCUUUCAACAUUGAGUCAGUUAUGGAUCCCAUCGAUGUGAAGAUUUCGGAUGCUAUCAUGAACAUGCAGGAUAAUAGUGUGCAAGUGUCUCAGAAGGUUUUCCAAGGCUGUGGGCCUCCAAAGCCUCUCCCAGCUGGACGGAUUUCUCGCUCCCUCUCUGAAAGUGCCUUCAGUCCUCGAUUCAGACCUUAUCAUCCAGAGCAACGCCCAACCACAGCAGCUGGCACUAGUUUGGACCGACUGGUUACUGAUGUCAAGGAAAAACUGAAACAAGCUAAGAAGUUCUGGUCCUCCCUGCCAAGCACUGUUUGCAAUGAUGAGAGGAUGGCAGCAGGAAAUGGCAAUGAGGAUGACUGCUGGAACGGCAAGGGAAAAAGCAGGUACCUGUUUGCAGUAACAGGAAAUGGAUUAGCCAACCAGGGCAAUAACCCAGAAGUCCAGGUUGACACCAGCAAACCGGACAUACUGAUCCUUCGUCAGAUCAUGGCCCUUCGGGUUAUGACCAGUAAAAUGAAGAAUGCUUACAAUGGAAAUGAUGUGGACUUCUUUGAUAUCAGUGAUGAGAGCAGUGGAGAAGGAAGUGGAAGUGGAUGUGAAUACCAACAGUGCCCUUCAGAGUUUGAGUUCAAUGCCACUGACCAUGCUGGGAAGAGUGUCAAUGAGAAAGCCGAGAAUGUCGGCGUCCAUGCCGAGGCAAAGCCCUACCUCCUCACUGUCCUUUGCAUCUUGGUCUUCGUUUGGCAGAGAGAAUGGAGAUAACUGUCAAACUCUGAGUAAUAAUGUACAUCAUCAGAAAGCUAAAAGGCACCAGUUCUCACUUUUUGACCAUCCUAAUGACUUUGUUUUUUUAAAUGAAUGGACAAAAGUGUACAGUUUUUACAAUGUGGCCACUGGUUUAAGCCUUGUUGACUUUGUUUCUCUCAUUCAGUUGGGGACAGCAGGAACUCCUGCAUUGAAGUUUGUUCCUGCUCCUUCAGAGUCGUGUUAAACUUGGCUAACAGUGUAGGUACAGAACUGUAGUUAGUUGUGCAUUUGUGAUCUUAUCACUCUUGUUUUGUUUUUUUGUUUUUUUCUCUCUCAUUUUAUUUGUGGGGUUUUUCUUUUCCCGUUAUAAUUUCACCUUGUUUCUCACAAGAAAACCAGGGUCCUUUCUUGGCAUGUAACAUGUACGUAUUUCUGAAAUAUUAAAUAGCUGUACAGAAGCAGGUUUAUUUAUCAUGUUAUCUUAUUAAAAGAAAAAGCCCAAACAAGCCGUAAAAUUUCCAUUUAUCCCUGUUAUUUUUGCUGCCUCAUGUGGAGAGAAGUGGAAAUACUUUGGGUUUUCUUUUCUUUCUUCCUCUUUCUUUUCUUUUCUUUUCUCUCUCUCUCUCUUUCAAGUUAGGUCAGAAUGUGAAGGCACAAGUGGCCUUCUAAGCCACUUGCCAAAUUGUAUUCUCACCAGUACAAGGAAAGAUUUAGACCUCUUUCAUAGUUGGGGGCUGGAAGAGACUGCAGACCACCCAUUUGGAUUGAGUUGAAUCCCACGCAGCUCGAUUUCUUGAACCUACCCAUACUUAAUGUGUACCCCAGCCAGGAAAAUAAAAGAUUCUUGAUGAAGUCUUCCCUUGAAAGAUGAGAGGCAUUCAGGAUGCCCCAUUUACCCCAUGCACACACUUGGCCUUGGACGUGUUUAGUAAAAACUAGACGAGUUAGGAAGUCACACUAUACCAGUUUCUGUACCCAUGCUGACACUCUGUUUUUCGGUUUUUGUUUUUAAAUCGCAAUGGCAGUAGCAAGAGACCCACAGUCUAGUUUGGUCCCCUGUGUUAGAGUGAUCCAGAUUUCUGACCCACUGACCACUCUGGAAAGAGUGCCAUAAAACAGAGCUGUCUGGCAGCUAGCCAGAACUGGGGUACAGCCUGGGCUCAGGGAAUAGCUGUCAACACCCUUUUGAGCAGAUAUCUUGUCUCUGUGUAUAUAUUUGCAUUGGUUUUUUGUUUGUUUGUUUUAGGUACCAGUUUUUUUAAAGAGCGUAAGGUUAUCAAAUUUGAUUUUUUUUUUUUUUUGCUACUCCAUUUUGAUCAGUUAAAUGAAGGGCUCAGAGUGUUUGCAGCCGUUCUGCUAUCCAUCCUAGUCAAGGAGCCCCACUGAGAGGAGAACUAGGUAUUCAGAGAUUCAUAUGCUGUUUUUUGGGGGAAGAAUGGGGGGGUCAGUAAAGCUGAGAAAUGCACAUCUUCUCAGUGACACUUAGCCAUGUGGGUGAACUGGCAAAGGCCCUAACUGUUCUAGGCCAAAGACCGUCCACUGCCUUGCCCCUUUGGAAGCUCUUUCCUUGUAUGCAAAUGACCAGUCAGAAAACCCGGAGAAUGUAGCAGAUCAUUUCAAAAUGAGUUCUCAAGUCUUCAGAAAGACUACAACCAUGCAAGUCUCUUCCUGUUCUAAAAGUCAUUUAGACCCCAGGAUUCUACGGAACUGAAAGCCCACAAAGAGGUGGUUUCAUGUUAUUGUUCAAUCUUUCAGCUGAAGAGGAAAUCUCUAUUUUUAUAUCGAAGAAUAAUUACUUGAUAGCUCAGGGUCUACAUUUCAUUCAAGUUUUUACACCAAAUUCUACAGAAUGGUCAAAAUGAAAUAUUGGGGGCUGUUGUAAACAGAGGCUUAAUUUUAUUAGAAGUAGCCAGUUAUUUAUUAAAGCACUAUGUUAAUAAAAUAGGCAUAUUCUGGCUGGUGUGUAUAAGUGUUUGUUUUUUUUUUUUUUUAAGCAAAUCACAGAAAACAGCUUCAUUUAUAUAAGAGUAAAAACAUUGUAAAUAGCUGGGCUGCCUUGUGAGAACUUGGAAAAUGUGCUGAGAGUAAGUACCUCAGUUGUGAAGAAUUUCCUUUUUAGCUUAGACUGCUAUAACUUUUACUUGGUAGAAAUGAAUCUGGUCUCUAAAAUACAGCUCAAAGAGUUAUCCCUUUAGACCUUGUUAGAUUGUUUUUCAUUUAAAACCUGAACUCUGCCCAGCUGUUUUCUUUCAAUCAAGUCCUCCAAACCAAUAACGUUUUCCGAAUUAAAUACUCUUGAAGUUUUUUUUCUGAAUGCUUACUGAUUUGUUUUCUUUCUUUACAUUUCCCCCUGUUCCCCUUUUAUUAUUUAAAUUGUCUCUUGCUUUUGAACUUGAGCUAUGAAAUAAACAAAUCAUAGAUUUUUCCAUUUAGGCCUGACUGGACAACUUUUGGCUUCUCAACAGCUGGCAGGCUUAUUCUCACCACCAUCACCACCACCACCCCUUGCCCUAAAAAAGGGAAUAAAGGCAAGUUGAAUAUUUGAAAACCUUUAGAGUUUGGAGUAUGAAACAUAAUAAAAGCCUUAUGAGCAGACCUUGACUUCCCACAGUUAGCAACAUGCAAAGGAUCAGAGUUUUACGAAGUUAUUUAUAAAGUCAUUUUCUUUCAAACACUUCACUUACUCUACACUUAAGGGAAAAGUUAUGGAAGAGAUUGUCAGAAGGAAUGCAAGUAAAAAGAAAAAAAUCAUAACUCAGAUUAUGUAUUUUAAAAGAGUGAGUGCCUAUUAUUUGAAUAAAAGUAAAAGAACUGCAAAGAAUUGUUUUGCACCUUAAAAAUUGAAUUAGACUAUUUAGAGACCUAAAAGUUUACAUGAAAUAUAAGUUGUCACUUAUGAUACUAUAUCUAAUAAUAAAAUAAGUGUAGAUGGUGCCACAAAUAAUUCUACAUCCUA